AUGUCUUCAUCUUUGGUGGAAGUUGACCCCUGGGAGGCUGUAGUCAUUAUAGACAAUGAAGUCGAUUCUAUGUCUUGGAUUGCUCCUAACACUAUCGAUGUCUCGGGACGUUUUCCGGAUAUGAUGAUGAGCCAGUCAAAGAGUUUUGCGGUUGGAGAAGAUUCUAUCAAGGUCAUGCCUAUGGAGGCUAUGUGUUGCGGGGCACAUGGCUUGUCUGUUCUUGUAACCGCCCCAGAAGUUGGCGUCAAACAUUCCGUUCUGUUUGGUACAGGCCCUGAGGAAGAAGCCUAUGAACGGAAUGCAAAGAAACUAGGCACAGAUAUUUCAUCAGUGGACGUACUCCAGCUCUCGCACUGGCAUCGUGACCAUUCUGAAGACAAAAUCUAUUUACAAACCCAUCAUUGUCGACCUCCAUCCGGAUCGUCCAGAGUAUCGAGGCUUUAUGAUCGGCAACAAUCCGUCUCAUUCCCAGCAGAUCCUACCUUUGCUGAAAUAGAAGGCGUAGGCGCAACUGUUUCGAAACAGCCUGCUGCUUAUACGGUCCUCGAUGACAUGUUUCUUAUCUCUGGCUUCAUCCCCUCAUCGGCACUACAUGAGACAGGCCUCAAGGGAGGCAUCAGACAAGAUACGAACAAGGGCUGGGAGAAGGAUUAA